CGCCAAGUCGAUUAAAAUUCACAAUUGAGUGAUACACAUGGCCAUUGAAAUAUCCUGUUACAAGAGAGCCUACACUCAUUUCGAAUACAACAUUCACGUAUGUCUGUUUGUGUGGCUAUAAACCACGUUCAUGGAGGAAUAUCCAUCACAAAUGCAUUUCUGAAUAAAAGUAUGCGCACAGCUACUCCGCGUGUCACUUGUGCGCCUCAUCAUCGCCGCGUCCAGGGUUGAACGUGUGUAAUAGGAAGCACUGCCUCCCUCCUUCAUGCGUAAAUUAUGUAGGGCAGGACGGGAACGCUGUGCUACCUCCAUUUGAGAAAACCCGGCCGGUAAAUGUGAGGAGAAAAAAAGGGGAAAACGCAAAAAGCCGUCUUCAACCACCGUUUGACAGAAGCGGAGCAGCGCAUCACGACUUGACUACAGUGAAGCCAAGUAGAAGAAAAGAUGGACAUCACGGAUCAAGGAGCUCAAAUGGAGCCGCUCUUACCAACGGAACAAAGUUCCCAAGAAAAUAAAGAUGUGAGAGCUGAUGAGGAGGCAGUGGUGGACCGUGGGGGCACACGCUCCAUGCUCAACACCAACUUUGAGAAGGAAGAACUGGAAGGUCACCGCACGCUCUACAUUGGGGUUCACGUUCCUCUGGGCAGGAGGUCGCACCGACGUCACCGUCACCACGGACACAGACACAGGAAGAGGUCCAAGGAGAGGGACUCCACAACCGAUGAUGGAAGAGAAUCCCCCUCACACACAGACACACCAGCUCAGAGGGUGCAGUUUCUGUUGGGGACAGAAGAUGGCGACGAGGAACACAUCCCCCACGCCCUGUUCACCGAGCUGGAUGAAAUCUGCCUCAGGGAGGGUGAAGACGCAGAAUGGAAAGAGACAGCCAGGUGGCUUAAGUUUGAGGAGGAUGUUGAAGAUGGUGGUGAGCGGUGGAGUAAACCCUACGUAGCCACUCUGUCUCUACACAGUCUUUUUGAGCUUCGCAGCUGCAUCAUGAACGGCACUGUGAUGCUGGACAUGAGGGCCAACUCUCUGGAGGAGAUUGCAGACAUGGUUCUGGAUCAGCACGAGUUGUCGGGUCCUGUAGGUCAGGAUGCCAGGAUGAGGAUCCGGGAGGCCCUGCUCAAACAGCACCACCACCAAAACCACAAGAAACUGGCCAACCGCAUACCUAUUGUACGCUCCUUUGCUGAUAUUGGCAAAAAGCAGUCUGAGCCUCAUUCCAUGGACAAGAAUGGCCAAACGGUCUCACCUCAGUCCCAGCCAGCUAACAAUGAAGGCAAACAGGAUGUCAGUCGAGAGAACAGUGCUGUCGAUUUCAGCAAGAUUGACCUGCACUUCAUGAAGAAGAUCCCUCCUGGUGCUGAGGCAUCUAACGUUCUGGUAGGGGAGUUGGAAUUCCUAGACCGCCCUGUGGUGGCCUUCGUUCGCCUGGCUCCUGCUGUGCUGCUCAAUGGUCUGGCUGAGGUUCCCAUCACCACCAGGUUUCUUUUCAUCCUGCUCGGCCCUCUGGGAAAAGGUCCGCAGUAUCAUGAAAUUGGUCGGUCUAUUGCUACCCUGAUGACUGAUGAGAUUUUCCAUGAUGUGGCUUACAAGGCCAAAGACAGGAACGACCUGGUGGCAGGCAUCGAUGAGUUUCUGGACCAGGUGACAGUCUUACCUCCUGGAGAGUGGGACCCUUCCAUCAGAAUAGAGCCUCCCAAAAACGUGCCCUCUCAGGAAAAGCGGAAGAUUCCCCCUGUUCCCAACGGAGUGACAGAUCUUGGAGAGUCGGAGGAACAUGGAGGGCACGGUGGCCCUGAGCUCCAGCGCACUGGGAAGUUUUUUGGUGGGUUCUUCAUGGACAUCAAGCGAAAGGCUCCUCACUACCUUUCCGACUACACAGAUGCCGUCAGUCUGCAGUGUCUGGCCUCCUUCCUCUUCCUCUACUGCGCCUGUAUGUCACCUGUCAUCACCUUUGGAGGACUCCUGGGUGAGGCCACAGAGGGACGUGUGAGUGCUAUUGAGUCCCUGUUUGGAGCUUCCAUGACUGGAAUAGCCUACUCUAUUUUUGCCGGUCAGCCCCUCACCAUCCUGGGCAGCACUGGGCCUGUUCUUGUCUUUGAGAAAAUCCUUUUCAAGUUCUGCAAGGAAUAUGGCCUCUCCUACCUCUCCCUGAGGGCCUGUAUUGGCCUGUGGACCGCCUUCUUCUGUCUACUGCUGGUGGCCACAGAUGCCAGCUCACUUGUCUGUUACAUCACACGCUUCACUGAGGAAGCAUUCGCCUCGUUGAUCUGCAUCAUCUUCAUUUAUGAAGCUCUGGAGAAGCUAAUCCACCUGGGGACGCACUACCCCAUCAAUAAAAACAACAACCUUCAGAAACUAACACAGUAUUCGUGUGCGUGUGUGGAGCCCAGCGACCCCAGCAAUGAGACUCUGCAGUACUGGGAGGAGAGAAACAUCACGUCCUCCCAUGUCAACUGGACCAUGCUGGAAGUCGAUGAGUGCGAGACGUUUCACGGGGAGUUUGUUGGCAGCGCCUGUGGUCCCCACGGCCCCUACAUCCCUGACGUCCUCUUCUGGUGUGUGGUCCUCUUCUUCUCCACCGUCUUCUUGUCCGCCUUCCUGAAGGAGUUCAAGACAAGCCGCUACUUCCCCACCAAGGUGCGGGCCAUAAUCAGUGACUUUGCUGUCUUCAUCACCAUCCUUAUUAUGGUUCUUGUAGAUUAUGCCUUGGGGAUUCCUUCACCUAAAUUACAGGUCCCCAACAAGUUUAAACCAACCAGGGAUGAUCGUGGCUGGCUUAUAAACCCUGUGGGGCCCAACCCCUGGUGGACCACCAUCAUCACCUUCAUCCCUGCUCUGCUCUGUACCAUCCUCAUCUUCAUGGACCAGCAGAUCACAGCCGUCAUUAUCAACAGGAAGGAGCACAAACUAAAGAAAGGCUGUGGAUACCACCUGGACCUGUUUGUGGUGGGGGUGAUGCUGGGCGUGUGCUCGGUGAUGGGCCUGCCGUGGUUCGUGGCAGCCACUGUGCUCUCCAUCUCCCACGUCAACAGCCUGAAGCUGGAGUCGGAGUGCUCGGCCCCCGGAGAGCAGCCCAAGUUCCUGGGCAUCCGAGAGCAGCGCUUCACCGGCCUCAUGAUCUUCACCCUGAUGGGCUGCUCCGUCUUCAUGACUUCUGUGCUAAAGUUUAUCCCCAUGCCUGUGCUUUAUGGAGUCUUUCUGUACAUGGGGGCUUCUUCACUCAGAGGCAUUCAGUUCUUUGACCGUCUGAGACUGUACGGCAUGCCGGCCAAACAUCAGCCAGACUUCAUCUACCUUCGUCACGUCCCGUUGAGGAAGGUGCACCUCUUUACCAUCAUCCAGCUCACCUGCUUGGUCCUGCUCUGGGUCAUCAAGACAUCCAAGGCUGCCAUUGUCUUCCCUAUGAUGGUCCUUGCCCUGGUGUUCAUUCGUAAGCUGCUGGACUUUGUCUUCACCAAGAGAGAACUGAGUUGGCUGGAUGACCUGAUGCCAGAGUGGAAGAAGAAGAAAUUGGAGGAUGCAGCAGAAGAGGAGGAGCACAGUAUUAUUGCAGAGGAAGAAGGCAUUGUACAAGUGCGAAUGGAGGGACCCUACAAGAGUGACCCAGCCACAGUGAACAUCACUGAUGAGAUGUCUAAAGGAUCUUUUGGAGGUGUGUGGAAGAGUGUCAGCCCUGGUGAGAAGGAACCAAGCGCUAAAAGCUCCCCUUCCUAACCCCUCAGAAGCUGAUAUAUCCCAACGCUGUGGCGGUGAAAAGCGACACAAGCGCCGGAAGCAUGAGAAGAGCUUGGACAGGGAGACAAGUUUGUGAUGACAUGUACUGGCAGUGCCACUGAGCUGUCUUAUCAAUAGAUCAAAAAACAAAAAAACUGUACCGUGCCACACACAACCACCUUUGUUCUGUGCUACACUGUGUUUUUGUCAUGUAAGUCUGUGUGCAAGUUGUGUAAAACAAAGAAUUUGUUAGAAAUAGUAUAAACACAGACUCAUGUGUGUUCUUUUUCUAUGUAUAUCAAUGUUUGGUGAUACCAGCAACAGAAAGAAGUCAGAAAUAUAGAACACUGACAAUAACUGCUGUGUCCAUGGGCCAACAAAUUUUGAACAAUUUUUAAACCUACUUUAUUUGUAUUUUGUAUGUUUUUAUAUUUUUCCAACAGUUGUGAGUUGUCCUUUUAAAAACCUGCCACAGCAAGCUGCUUAUGUGUGGGUUUUGUGUGCAGUGUUUAAUGCCGCUAUUGACUUGAUGCACCUGACAACAGAAAACCUAAAAAUUAGAUAUUUGCCAAUAUUAGUCUAUUUCAUGGCACUCAACAGAGUUGGCUAUACAGCAAAUCUAUUAAUUUUUUUUCAAGUAUUAAAUAUACAUUUUAUAUAUUCUGUAUAUCUAAAUGUUUUUGUGACAGUGACAGCUCAUAUCACGCCAGAGUCUUCUCCAUCGCUAUUUUACAAAUAAAUGUCUCUCCUCCAGUAAAGCAUGUCCCCAAACAAGUUAAAGGAAUAGUUUGGCAUUCUGGGAAAUACCCUUAUUUGUUUUCUGUUAGAGGAGAAGAUUGAACACAAACACAAAUGUAAAAACCUCAUGUUUAGUUGCUAUUUCUUGGAGCUAGCAAUAGCUUUAUAUUUAGCAUACAGACGUGAGAGAAGAAAUUGGUCUUCUCAUCUAACACUUGGCAAGAAAGAGAAUAAGCAUAUUAACCAAAAAUGAACUAUUUCCUUGAGGAAAGUACACUUUGGGGGCAGUUUAUUGGAAAACAUUUUCAAGCCAGCAUUUCUGCAUAGUUUGUAACUUUUAGUACAUGUACUUUAGCUACUUGGCCUUGGCUUUUUAAAAUCUCAACACAUUUGCAAAUGCAGAACUAGGGUGAUUGUUCAGAAAAAUCUGUUUCCCACCUGCAUACUCUUUCUCAUCUUGUCAGUAAGUGUCAUCUAUGGACAUGUGAUCUCCUAUCCAAAUGACCCUCGAUAUGUUAGCAUCUGAAGCUAAUUGUUUAAAAAAACAAAACACCAAAACACCUGCAUGACGGUGAAACAGACUUGACUUGUCUCGCUGCAGGACCAUGGUUACUUCUAGAGAUGCAAUAAUACCUUUUUUUUCUGGGAAGGGAAAAAUGUAAUAAACGAUAAAGAGUCUUAACAAUGUAUAAUACAUAGUAUAUUUUAAUCAUGUAAAAUGUUACUAAUAUGUUACUAACAUGAAGUCAGUGUUGAAGGCAGGUUUUUGUUGUAGAUGUUCUUUUCCCAUUGUCUAAUUGAUGGUUCUAGUUGAUUAGUUAAACUAAGAGGUCAGAAUUAUAUCGAUAUCAAAUAUUUUGACCACUUCUGUAUGGAAUUCUGCCUUAAAUUUGGUAGUGAUAGCUGUACAAUUUCUGUUUAAUAAAUUAAGUCACCUGUAUAGAAAGCUAUCAGUUCAGAUCUGUUAUUGUGAUUUGUUUAUAAUGGGAAAGAGGCUGAGUGAGUGAGUAAAAAUAAAGAUCUUCAA